AUGUCGAAACAAUCCAUUGUGACGCAGUAUGUGCUUCGCGCACUAUCUGCUCAUCGAGCCUCGUUAAGUCAAUUGGGCCCGACGCUUCCGCCUCUGUUUAUUGGUAUGCAGGGGCCCCAAGGGAUAGGAAAGACGACAAUCACAAAUGAACUUCGUGAAUCUUUGUCUUGUCCGCCGAACUCACUGAGGGUCUCAGUGCUUUCGAUGGAUGAUUUAUACCUGCCGUAUGACGGACUCAAAUCGACUGCCGAGAAAUAUCCAAACAAUUGGCUCCUCAGUGGCCGCGGCCACCCCGGAACACACGAUCUUGAUCUGCUUCACCUCACUUUGACGAGCCUCUCGGUCAUUAAUGGGGAGGCUACUGCUCCCGUUGAGACGCCAGUAUUUGAUAAAAGCUUAUUUGAUGGUUAUGGGGAUCGUUCCUCAUCCAAAUUAACUGUAGCUGCUCCUCUCGACGUUGUGCUCUUAGAGGGGUGGUGCAUGGGCUUCCAUCAUCUUUCCCACGAAGAGUUGCGGCGAAGAUACAGCCUGUACACCAUUGGGCCCAACAACAUAGGUGAUUCACCGAUCACGGGGAAUGCCCGAGCCGUGCAAUUGGCUGAAAUGGGACUUGCCCAGGAAAUCAUCAAGACACUGUCUCUUCAGGACCUCGAACAAAUCAACACCUUUUUGCGGGUAUACACUGAGCGGCUUUACCCUUUCUUCUCGGGUUUCAUCCAGCUUGCACCCCCCGUAACUCAUCCGUAUUCUCAUAUUUACAAAUGGAGGCUGGAGCAAGAGCACUGGAUGAAAUCCCACAAUGGCGGGAAAGGAAUGACGGACGAAGAAGUCAAGCUCUUUAUUGAUCGUUACAUCCCAGGAUACGUAUUCUUCGGCGAUGGUGUCCGACACGGCUAUGUUGAGGCGCCUGCUUCUGAUGGAGCUUACCCAUUGACCACACGGAACCCUCCUUGGAAAGGCAACGCGAUCCGACUCCUUUUGAACCUGGAACGGGACGUCGAAGGUGUUGAAACUUUCUGA